AGGCACAAGGGGGUCGGACUGGAUGGCCCCUGGGGUCUCUCCCCACUUCCCUCUGUGCAUGCAAGGGGAGUGUCCCAUCCCGUCCCAUCCCAGCCCUGCCUUCUCCUCCUCUUCCUCCUCCUCCUUCCCUGGAUUUAAACGGGACGCCUGCUUUGUCCCGCCGCUGGAGCGCGAUGGAGCCGGACGGGAGGAGCCGAGGAUGCGGCCGGGGUCGGAUGGAGCCGGAGGAGAAGGACAAGCAGCGCUGAGAACAGCCAGUGCAGACGACCAGAAGCGGAGCGGCUUGCUGCAAGGACUGUUGCUCCUCCGAGGCACCUUUGGCACAAAGAGGUGCCCUCGAUCAGGACCAAUUCUUUCAUCCGCUGCUCUUCUUUUUGGGAAGAAGGAGAUGACUCUCAACACCCAGAGACGAGGAGGAGGAAGAGGAAGAGAUCAUAACAACAUCAUGAGCCCAGUCCAGAGAAGGGCCAGCACCCCUCUGCCCGUUUCCCGGUCAGGGAUGCUGGGCGUCCAUCCGAACUGGGCCGCAUCCGGCCACCCACAGCUGGGACAAUCCUCUUCUUGCGAGCCCCAAGGAUCCCGAACCGAACCCCGAGGCAGCUGGUCAUCUGGAUCCUCCGACUCGGACGGAUCCUGGGCGUCAUUGUACCGAGUGGUGCUUUUGGGUGACUCCGGCGUGGGCAAGACCAGCUUGGUCAACCUGUUUGCCGGUGUUCAAGACAAGGAUGUGCCGGAGCAACAGAUUGAAGAUACCUAUGAGCGCACCUUGUCUGUGGACGGCGAGGAGACCACCUUGAUGGUGAUGGACACCUGGGAGGCGGAGAAGCGGGUCCCGGAGGAGGACAACUGGUUCCACAACUACUGCAUGCAGGUGGGCAACGCUUACGUCAUCGUCUACUCCAUCACCGACCGGGGGAGCUUUGAGAGCGCCUCGGAGCUGCGGAUCCAGCUGCGGAGGACGCGCCAGGCGGAGAACAUCCCCAUCAUCUUGGUGGGGAACAAGACGGACCUGGUGCGCUGCCGGGAGGUCUCCGUGGAAGAGGGCCGGGCGUGUGCCGUGGUCUUUGACUGCAAGUUCAUCGAGACAUCGGCCACCCUACAGCACAACGUGACGGAGCUCUUCGAAGGGGUGGUGCGCCAGAUCCGCUUGCGCCGGGAUAGCAAGGAGGCCAACGCCCGGCGCAUGUCGCUCUACAAGCGCAAGGAGAGCCUCACCAAGAAGGUGCGGCGCUUCCUGGACCGGCUGGUGGCCCGCAACAACAAGAAGGUGGCCCGCAAGGUCCGCUCCAAGUCCUGCCACGACCUCUCGGUGCUGUGAACGCUCUGGAGGCCCUUCCUUGCCUCCUCCUCCUCUCCAGCCUUCCUCCUCGCCUCUACCUUGGGGUUUGCAAUCUCUCUUCUUUGCUGGUGGCUCUUAGGAGAGGACUGGCUGGUUGAGAAAUGCAAAGGACAAACGGCAGCCAGGAGAAAAGGGACAGCCAAGGGAAAGCAGAAGCCACAAGCCAGCACUGGAUCAAUGGAGUAGCCACCUAGCACCUAUGACCAAGAAGGCAACACAUGACAUGGAUUGUGGCAUCACAAUAUGGGACAUCAUCUUUCCCAAUUUUCCUGACCCAAAAAAUUCUGGGAUGCCAUCAUGGCCUCUGAUAGAUCUUUCAAGGAGUCCAGUAGGUUUGCUACAGUGCUACACUUAGGCAGAAUAAAUGAAUUGCAAAGAUAUAGGAUGGAUGAAACCUGGUUGACAACAGUCCAUAUGAAAGGGAUCUAGAAGUCUUAGUACAUACAUGUGUCAACAGUGUGAUGCAGUAGCUUAAAAAGUCAAUACUAUUCUAAGUGACAUCAAUAAGAGCCUAGAUCAAGGGAAGUCCUAGUCCCACUCUCUUCUGCUUUGGUCAGAUCUUACUUGGAAUAGUUCUGUUUCCAUUUCCUGACAAAGCAAUUCAAAAAGAAGACGGACAAGAUGGAAGGUGUCCCAAAAAGGGUGACCAAAGUGGGCAAAGCUCUAGAGAUACAGAGCAAUGGAUUCAAACUGCAAGAAAGAAGAUUCCAUCUAAAUGUUAGGAAGAAGUUUUUAAUAACAAGAGCUGUCUAACUGUGGAAUAUGCUACAACAAAGUGAAGUGGAGUCUCCUUCUCUGGAGGUUUUAAGCAGCGACUGGAUGGUGAUAUGUCAGCAGGACUUUGAUGUUAAAAGGGGGUUGGACUGGAUGUCCCUUGGGGUCUCUUUCAACUCUAGGAUUCUAUAAGCUGAGCAUGGGGCAUAUACUGCUAAGGGCUGAAUGAUGCUCAUUGGCACACUUUUCCCAUCCCUGGUUUGGGAAGCCAGAGAUGCAGGACUUUGGAUCUGAUGUCCACUCGAGGCUGGAGAAGCCAAAGAGGGCUGCUAAGAGGUUUGGGAGAUUCAACUUGAAGCCAGCAGAGUUUCCAGCUGGUUCUCUGUGUGUGUAUAUAUAUAUGUAAACACGACAUUGGAUGAGCCAUUUUUUCCUCUGCUGCCUUUAAAAAUAAGGAGCCAUCUGCUUGUUUGAUUCCUAUCAGCACUGCGUGUACAUUUGUAAAUAAAGCCAGCGGUAUGACACGGACACCCCUGGCUGCUUUCCUCCAAACAAACUCAGCCAUGAUGCUGCUGUGUGUCCCAGCUGUCCUUCCCCGAAACCUUCGCUGCUGGGACACUUGCAGUGAGAGAAUCGGAAAAGCCGGGGCCCAGCGCCAGGUUUGGUGGCUCAGGGACCGGUCCCUUUUCCUCCCGGGUCAGGUCAGAAGUUUCCAUGGCUGGUGGGGAUUGUUUAAGGAGGCAAAGCCCGGGAGAAGGAGAGGCUGAGCGCCAGCAUUUUGCAGACAUUCGUCUUGUCAGAGGAGGAGGAGGAGAGCAACCGUCCCAACUGUACUCUUUCCUCCCCUAGAGUCACACAAAUAAACAAUCCCUGGUGCCUUCUUGCAUACAUCACUGUCACAGGGCUUUCUAACCAACGGUUGCAAAUAAUCAGAGAUUUGUUUUGUUUUGUUUGGGGGGGCAUGACCCCAGAUCCCAUCAUCCCCUGCCAAGCACAUUCAGUCAGGAAUACUGGGAGCUGGAGUCCAAAACAACAUGUUUCUCCAUCUCCUGUCUGCAGUACAUCGUUCAACUGAUCUGCCCCUGAAAAACCCAGGGGUGAUGGUGAUGGUGAUAUUUAUUUGUAUCCCACUUUUCUCUGGAUUGAGACCCAACAUGGCUAACCAUUGGGAAACUGUGAAUGUCAAGGACCACACAUGCAGAUUUGUAACUUAAACUAAUUACAGUAGACUCUCCGUUAACCAAAAUUAAAGCAACUCUCAAUAAUA